CUAAUCUGCAGCAAAGCUCACAGCUUUACGAAGGUUGCUUGUGUUUUCAAGAACAAAAUCAGGAUCAGGGAAGUUCAUGGUUUGCAAGAAGGGUCUAAAGUGAAUCUGGUUAAUUUGGUUCCUGCUUGAUUGUUUAGAUUUGAAUCGAGGCCAUGGGAGGGCAUGUGAGCAAGAGGCCCGCUGAAGCAUCAUCUUCUGAUAUCAAUCUCAAUAACAAUUUACAAUACACAACUGAAUUGAGCUCAUAUGAGGCUGCUUGCCGGCUCGACAAGGACUUGCAGUCCUUUGACACCACCCUCCAAGCUCGGACCAAUCACGUCAUCAAUAAUCUUGCUGUCGGGGUUGAGGUUCGUGCGCUUUCAUUUGACUCGUUGAAGGAAGUCACAGAAUGCUUGUUGGAGAUGAACCAAGAGGUUGUUAAGGUUAUCCUGGAGUGCAAGAAAGAUAUAUGGAAGAAUCAAGAAUUGUUUGAGCUUGUCGAGGAGUACUUCGAAAAUAGCUUGCAAACUCUAGAUUUCUGUGCUGCAUUGGAGAAGUGCCUAAAGCGUGCCCGCGAUAGCCAAUUGCUGAUUCUUGUUUCGCUUAAACAAUUCGAAGAGGAAAGUGAUGCAGGAGGGAGGGAGUAUGUGAGGACCUUGGAAGAACUGAAGAAUUUCAAGGCAGCAGGUGAUCCUUUCACCGAUGAAUUCUUUCAAAUCUUUCAAUCCGUGUACAGGCAGCAGAUAAUGAUGCUUGAGAAGCUACAACUUAGGAAGAAUAAGCUUGACAAGAAGCUCAAGUGCAUUCAUGCUUGGAGGAAGGUUUCAAGUAUGAUAUUUGUAGCUAUUUUCGCAACUGUAUUGAUUUGCUCAGUUGUGGCAGCAGCCAUGACUGCCCCUCCUGUUGUUGCCGCUGUCGCUGCAGCAUCAACAAUCCCAUUAGGUUCAAUGGGGAAGUGGAUAGAUUCUCUGUGGAAGAAUUAUGAAAAUGCAUUGAAGGGACAGAAGGAGGUGAUCAGCACAAUGCAAGUUGGUACUUAUGUUGCCAUAAAGGAUCUGGACAACAUUCGGGUUCUCAUUGAUCGCCUGGAGAUUGAGAUUGAAGCGCUAAUGCGAACCACUGACUUCGCAAUUGAACAUGGGGCUGUGAAGGUUGCAAUCGAGGAGAUCAAGAAGAAGCUGGGGGUGUUCAUGAAGAAUGUUGAGGAUUUGGGAGUGCUAGCUGAUUCGUGCAGCCGCGAUAUCAUGAGGGCUCGGACUGUGGUUCUGCAAAGGAUCAUAAAAAGUCCUAACAACUAAAGGGGUGGUGCUUCUUGAUACUUUCAACUGGAUAGAUGUUCAUAUUCUGAGACAUAUCUUAUUCUUAAUUAUGUUCUAUGUUAAUGAUAAAAUCCCCAUAGUUUUUUAGUUUAUACAAUUGAUUAUUGCAAUUUGAAUCAUGUUUAAGAAAAUAAUUUAUGACUGCCACUGAUUUUUAGGCAGUAACAUGUUUCUAGUUUCCGUUCCGACAACAUGGACUCUUAUUUCAUAUCUAUUUUUAUCA